CAUUUCAUUGUUUUGUUUCGUCUUUGGCUUUAAAUGUGUCUUCAAUUGAAACCACUCUUCAAUCCAUUGGUGGUAACAUUGAUUGUCAGCCAUUGUCAGUGUCUUUGAGUGCUUGUGUCGGCACUUGUGUCCCAUUGCCAGUGAUUGUGAAGCCAUUGAUGGCAUCGAUGUCUUGUGUGAACACAUCUUACACUGUAUUCAAUGCGAUAAAUGUGUGGAAAGCUAUGCAUCGAUGACUUCCAGCACAUCCCUUGUCUUCACCGGAAGUCUAUUGUCAUUGUCUUUGUAUUUCUUUGUCUGAAGAGCUCUCAAAUUGUCAUUAAAUGCAAAUCGUUUUGUUAUUAAACACAACGAAAAACAAUUAUUUGAAUAAUAAUUAAUUAUUUGAUUAAUUGAUCGUCUUUUGGAUCAAAUGGAGCCACAGUUUGUGGUCGAAAGGGAUUGCAAUGCUUUGGGAGGACUUUUCCAGAUUAUCAUCAAUGAUCUUAAGUCGGGAACCGGCAAUUGGGACGACUUCGUGGUAAAAGCGGGCAAAUUUCAUACACAACUCAAAGCGACGAUAUCUGCUUCGACAGCAUUUCUCGAUGCCUUCCAGAAGAUCGCAGAUAUGGCCACCAGUACUAGAGGCGGCACUAAAGAGAUCGGAACCGCUUUGACGCGUAUAUGUCUUCGCCACCGAUCAGUGGAGGCGCGGCUUAAGACAUUCACGAGCUCUAUAAUGGAUUGUCUUAUUUUGCCGCUUCAGGACAGGAUUGAAGAGUGGAAGAAAACAUGCGGACAGUUAGACAAAGAGCACUCAAAAGAGUACAAACGAUUGCGACAAGAAUUGAAGAAAAAGCAAUCACUAGACCCGUCGCACGCCUUAUACGCCUCCACUUCUAAUACAUUGCGAUUUAAAAAACAUGUCAGAAAUAAGAUGAAAAUCGAUUCAAACAAUUGGAAUAGUCUUAACUCAAUGUCCAGAUCUAUGGACUCAAUGGAAGCCAACGAAAGACUCUUUAUAUUCGAAGAGAUGGAGAAAAAGGCUGUUCGACGGGCUCUCAUCGAAGAGAGGAGUCAUUUCUGUUUGUUUGUCAACUUUUUGCGUCCAGUGGUUGAGGAAGAGUUAGCGAUGCUUCAGGAGGUGACACACCUUCAGGAGAUUAUGGACGCUCUCAGCAAACUGACCGCCGAUCCAUACUCUCUGCCCACUGCCAGUGAAUUAGUCAUUUCGGACUUAAGACUUAGUACGUCCGAUACGGUGGCCUUCUCUUUGCAAACCCCGCCGAGCAGUCCGUCAUCUUUCGGUUCCCGGAAAUCAAGUAUGUGUUCGAUCAGCAGUUUUAACAGCUCUUCCAGUGGCAGCACUCACUCGCCUUCACAUAACUGCCGAUACCGUUCCCUCUCUCAGGUUUCGAGUCUCUCCGAACACAGCAGUGGCAGUACUUCGAGCACAUCAAGCAUUCCGGCCUCUAAUAAACGUAAUGAUACUAAUCUUAGAUCCCAUAGUAUUAGCACUUUUGAUAAAAACCAAAACCUUUCUAAAUCUCACGACUCGUAUUCACUUAAUAUUAUUAAUACUUGCGAAGAGAAUUUGGUUUCCAUUAACACACAAAACAAUCACAACUCAUCCACUAUUGUAUUGCAAACGCCAAACAAUCGCAACAUCACUGAUAAGCCAGACCUGCCGUCUCGCGCACUCAUACCCGACAAGCCUUCAAUACCCACCAAACCAUAUACUCUUAACAAUGACACAAAUCAACGCCAAACAGCAGCCACUGAUUUAUCUCUAUAUUCUGAAUCGCAUCCCAUUUAUGCCAACUCUAUGGAACUGAUGGGUGACGAGUCGAGCGUCGCCUGUUCUGAGGGCUCUAUCACACCGACAAAUGCCGAGCGAUCUAACAGUCCCUCUAAUGAGCUCUUGAAUCAGUGCAAGAAUUCAUCAUUAAGUGCGUCCACACUAACGAUAGGCCGCUUAUCAAAGCCGCCGCCACCGCCUCCCGUGCGCCGCACGUCAACCAUUUCCAAUCCAAACGCCAUUACUUUAGGCACUUUGAAAACGGCCGGAUGUAAUACAUACGAAGAAAUACAAAAUCUGAGCAAAACAUACUCUACUUAUCAGGACAUAAACAGUCUAACACUUUCUCUACAAAAUCUCAGUUCAAUCGAAACCUCGAAUCAACCCAUUUAUAGCCGCCCUUCAGAUGUUAUUUAUUCCAACACUUCUCACAUGACAUCUAAUUCUCAUUUAAGUCAAAACAAGGCCACUGAAUAUCAUUCGGCUAAAAGUCUUUUCGAGAGCACAUCUGCGCGUGAAGUACAACAACAACAAUAUCAACAACAUAUGCAACCCAUUUAUACGACUGAAGAGCAAUCAACUUCACUGCCACUUCCGGCGCCACCGCCAGAAGCAUUCUCAGACACUGAGUCGACCAAUCAUAGCCAUCAUUACAAUAAGAUAACUAACGUUCACAGACAGUUCCUCGAGACACUAAACACCAAAUUAGGACAAUUCAAACCCGAAUCUCACAUCAGUCCACAGAAUUUGGUUUCCAUUAACACACAAAACAAUCACAACUCAUCCACUAUUGUAUUGCAAACGCCAAACAAUCGCAACAUCACUGAUAAGCCAGACCUGCCGUCUCGCGCACUCAUACCCGACAAGCCUUCAAUACCCACCAAACCAUAUACUCUUAACAAUGACACAAAUCAACGCCAAACAGCAGCCACUGAUUUAUCUCUUUAUUCUGAAUCGCAUCCCAUUUAUGCCAACUCUAUGGAACUGAUGGGUGACGAGUCGAGCGUCGCCUGUUCUGAGGGCUCUAUCACACCGACAAAUGCAGAGCGAUCUAACAGUCCCUCUAAUGAGCUCUUGAAUCAGUGCAAGAAUUCGUCAUUAAGUGCGUCCACACUAACGAUAGGCCGCUUAUCAAAGCCGCCGCCACCGCCUCCCGUUCGCCGCACGUCAACCAUUUCCAAUCCAAACGCCAUUACUUUAGGCACUUUGAAAACGGCGGGAUGUAAUACAUACGAAGAAAUACAAAAUCUGAGCAAAACCUACUCUACUUAUCAGGACAUAAACAGUCUAACACUUUCUCUACAAAAUCUGAGUUCAAUCGAAACCUCGAAUCAACCCAUUUAUAGCCGCCCUUCAGAUGUUAUUUAUUCCAACACUUCUCACAUGACAUCUAAUUCUCAUAUAAGUCAAAACAAGGCCACUGAAUAUCAUUCGGCUAAAAGUCUUUUCGAGAGCACAUCUGCGCGUGAAGUACAACAACAACAAUAUCAACAACAUAUGCAACCCAUUUAUACGACUGAAGAGCAAUCUUAA